AUGCCGGCGAUCAAGGCGAAGCCGAUCCCGAAUAUCUCUCAGCAGGAACAGGCCGACAUGCCGCGAAACCAUGCUCUCAAUGCCAGCCCUGAGCCAGAAACCUUCAACACAGGAGCAGGCGGCGCUGGUGGCUUUGUGAAGCUAGAUGAUGCCUCUUGA